GUUCAAAGUCCGCCCAGCCUCCUGACCCGGGAGGCGAACGAGCCGGGCGGAGCUGCGGUCCUUGAGGCUGAGCACCGUCGGAGCGGACCCGCUUCCCGACACCGGCGCGAUGUGGCUUUCGCUGGUGCUGCUGCUGGCCGUGCUUCUCCUGGCGGUCCUCCGCAAAGUCUACCUGGGGCUGUUCGCCGGCAGCUCCCUGAACCCCUUCUCCGAGGAUGCCCGGCGUCCGCCAGCGCCCCUAGUGACCGACAGAGAGGCCAGGAAGAAGGUUCUCAAACAAGCUUUCUCAGUCAGUCAAGUGCCAGAGAAGCUGGAUGUGGUGGUGAUUGGCAGCGGCUUUGGGGGCCUGGCCGCGGCGGCGAUUCUGGCUAAAGCCGGCAAGCGCGUCCUGGUGCUGGAACAACAUACCAAGGCAGGGGGCUGCUGCCACACCUUCGGAAAGAACGGCCUUGAAUUUGACACAGGAAUCCAUUAUAUAGGGCAGAUGCAGGAGGGCAGCCCUGGCCGUUUUGUCUUGGACCAGAUCACGGAAGGGCAGUUGGACUGGGCUACCCUGUCCUCUCCUUUUGACAUCAUGGUACUAGAAGGGCCCGAUGGCCGAAAGGAGUUCCCCAUGUACAGUGGGAAGAAAGCCUACGUCCAGGGCCUCAAGGAGAAGUUUCCGCGGGAAGAAGCCACCAUUGAUAAGUAUAUAAAGAUGGUUCAGGUGGUAUCCAGCAGCGCAGCCCACGCCAUCCUGCUGAAGCUCCUCCCGUUGCCUGUGGCUCAGCUUCUCGACAAGUGUGGGCUGCUGACUCGGUUCUCCCCAUUCCUUCGCGCGUCCACCCAGAGUCUGGCUGAGGUCCUGCAGCAGCUGGGGGCCUCUCCUGAGCUCCAGGCGGUACUCAGCUACAUCUUCCCCACUUACGGCGUGACCCCCAGCCACAGCACCUUCUCCAUGCACGCUCUGAUCGUUGACCACUACCUGAAAGGGGCCUUUUAUCCCCGAGGGGGUUCCAGUGAGAUCGCCUUCCACACCAUCCCUGUGAUCCAGCGAGCCGGGGGUGCUGUCCUCACAAAGGCUGCAGUGCAGCAUGUGUUGCUGGACUCGGCUGGGAGAGCCUGUGGUGUCAGUGUGAAGAAGGGGCAGGAGCUGGUGGACAUCUACUGCCCCAUCGUGGUCUCCGACGCGGGACUGUUCAACACCUAUGAGCGUCUGCUGCCGGAGAGCGCCCGCCGCCUGCCAG